ACAAAAGCAAUAAUUCGUUGCUAUGGGGAAUAAUAAACAACAAAAAAUUUAGUCAGAAAAUUUUCUGAAUAAUGGCAGAUUUGCAAGAACCCCUUUUUGUUCCUGAAGAAGUAAUGAAACAGGCUGAGGCAGCAUGUCUUAGUUUGCUGCCAAGAAAAUCUAAAGACAAUUACGACAAAGAGUUCCGCCAGUUUGAAGAAUGGAGGGAACAGCAAGAAGAAAAUUGGCACCUUCUUCGAUGUGGACGAAAUAUUCCAUGGUAAAAAGUACUUUGAAGGUAUAUAAGAAUGUCGACAUAUCAAAAUAUGGAAAACUGAUCAGCUAUCUGAAGAAUGAAGCAAGGACUCACAAACCUAAAAAGGCGAAGACUUUGGAAAGAGAACAUGUAGAGAAGUUUUUGACACAGGCACCUGAUAGUAAAUACUUGAUGAUAAAGGUUGCAUUGGUAAUGGGGAUAUCAGGUGCCUGUCGUUGUGAUGAAAUCACCAAACUGACAGUUGAUGAUAUUGAAGAUAAGGGAGGAUACUUAUAUGUCUCCAUACCCGACUCGAAGACAAAUGUGUCACGAAGUUUUACUAUCAUGACAGAAGGAUUCUCUAUAAACAUUCUGGACCUGUACAGGAAAUAUGUUUCUUUGAGACCCAAGAACGUUCCACACCGCAGAUUUUUCGUGAAUUACCAGAAAGAGAAAUGCACUAUCCAGGCAGUUGGUAUAAAUACCAUAUCUAAGGUACCCCAGGCAGUUGCUUCCUUCUUGAACCUACCCGAAGCCCACUCAUAUACUGGACACAGCAUGAGACGUGCGUCUGCAACUCUUCUGGCAAACGCAGGAGCCGAUAUAACAACACUUAAACGCCACGGUGGAUGGAAAUCGUCCACGGUGGCCGAAGGCUAUAUCCAAGAUUCAGUCAACAACAAAAUCGAUAUAGCCAAAAGGAUUCAAGGAGGCGCCAAAAAAAAGUCGUUGAUAUUCCGUUAG